AGCUCAACAUCUUCCUUCAAUUGAUCUGCACAAAAUGCCUGAUAUUGCUGCUCCAACUGCCAACAGUAAGGUGCCCACUCUGAAAGAUGCCGCACAUCCUUCGGCGUCGGAGAUCGCUCCUUCGGCCCCCAAAAAGAAAAAGUUGGUGAGAAAGCAAAAGGAAGCCAGUCCUCUCAAAUACAAAUUAUGGUUGGGAGGUCACGCCGUUGCCAUUGCGUUCGGAUCGAUCCUGUUUAUCUUCCAGCUUCUUUGGCUCCCCAACAAGUGGUACAUCAACUCGAUCGCGUACCGGCUUUCGUUGUUGGGAUCAAUUGUUGCUCUCCUUGCAACCUUGUCUCAUAAAUACGGAUUGCACUAUUUACCUCCCAGCUCCACAUUGAUGGCUCUGCAAAACUUCCAGUUCAUUGUCUUGGGCUUGGUGUGGCUAUUCACGUUCAAGUCUGUGUUGAAGAUUUUGCCAUUCUUUCUCAUUGCCAUAUUGCAGCUCGGAAGCCACAAGAACAUCCUGGCCGUCACUGAGCACAGUCCGUUUGUGGCCUCGGUAAUCGCAUAUAACGAGUUGGUACUCAUAGUGUACCUUUUAUUGAGGACGUUACUCUUCAGAGGAACCAGUGGGUUCCAGUUGGUGUUGUUUCUCUUGUUCUACUGGUUGAGAAUCUUGUACAACCCAGAAACUUCGAAUUUGUUUAAGGCAAUCAUUGGUCGGGCGGAUGGUAAGAUUCUGGGGGUCAAGAAUGAGAAGGUGGCCCAUUACUGGGAGAAGACCAAGUUGAUUUUGGAGCAGAAGACGGAGAGUUCUUAGGUUGGAGAAGAAGAUCAAGAGUACUUAGGUUGGAGAAGAAGUCCAAGAGGCAAAAGGUCUGCUGGGCAAGAGAAGCAAACAACACAUGUCUUUUGUACCACGAAUGUAUAACACCUGUUUUAGCAACCUGUUUAUUCUCUUUAGUAAUAGGAUGGGACAUGCAAAUGGCUGUUCUCAAACACA